GAAUAUGUAGUGGUGUCAUCUAGGGACAUUCGGUGAAACUACCGUGAUGUAUGGAAAACUGGCUGGUGAGACCACAGCAAAGCGUAUUCGUCACUUCCGGUUUUUACACAUUGCAGAUAUCUGAAAAUUUAGCCGGUAAAACGGUGCAAACUCCGUGAAUCUGGCAAAAGUACGCCAGUAUGGUGCUGAAAAUUAAUUUUGAAUACAAGUACUUUCUAGUGCUUAUCUGCUUUUUAUCAAUUCUUGUCCGUGCGAGCGGUCUGGGAGAGGUAAUUUGGGCUGUAAAUUGUGGUGGGGAAGCACACACAGACAUCCAUGGAAUCCAUUACCAAAAAGAUUACUUGACUGUGGGCAUUCCUUCUGAUUAUGGUAAAAAUCUCCAGAUCCAGCGAGUUGUUCCGCAGGACCAGAUUUUAUACCAAACCGAACGAUAUCACACUUCAACAUUCGGCUACGACAUUCCGAUUGAUGACGAUGGAGAUUAUGCGCUCGUUCUGAAAUUUAGCGAAGUGUGGUUUACUGCCAUGAACCAAAAGGUAUUUGAUGUUGUCGUCAAUAAACAGCACACUGUCGUUGAAAAUAUUGAUAUCUAUGGUAAAGUUGGUCGAGGAGCUGCCCAUGAUGAAAUAAUUGGAAUCAGCGUCAAGAAUGGAAAAGUUAAAGUAAAUGGAGAGACAUCCCAAUUUGUCAAUGGAAAAAUACCGGUAGAAUUUAUUAAAGGAGAGAGAGAUAAUCCCAAAAUUAAUGCAUUGUAUGUUGUGAGAGGAACACCAGAUGAUAUCCCAAAAUUAGGACCAUUACCAGGAAUGGAAAAAGGGCCGGAGAUACCCGAACAGGAACGUGAAGAAGAGGAGAUUGAUGAUGAUAAAGAUGACAAACCAAAGAAAAAGCGGAAAACCUCGGGCCCACCGAUUCAAGAUCCUUACGCGGCUGACGAUACAUCUAGCAUGAUGUUACCACUUUUUGUAGCAAUUGGCGCAUUUGUUCCUUUAGUUUUCUGUCUUUGUAAAUUAUAACACGAGAAGAGUUAGAUCUUUCUUACCCUUUAGUCACACCUUCCAAGUGCUUGCUGCAUUUCUCUACCCUCAUUUGCAGGGCUCGAAAUUCACAGGGGUAACAGGCAAAAGCCUUGGUGCCCUUGUGAUUCUUCUUCUAAAAGUUAAAUUUUUCUUUUUUAGUUUUCAUUUGAAGUGUGACCUUUUUCUCAAAACUGGCAAAAGUGCCCUUUUUGGCCAAAACCUGCUGUGCCCUUUUGAAAUGAAUUUUGCUGCCUGCAUUUGGGUAACCACUGUAUUUUUCCUGGUCUUCAUUUUGGCACAAGAUAUUAUGUGUGCUGGAAACUAUGGUUUGUUUGCUCAGUAUAUCCACCAGCAUGGGAUAUUAUUUGAGAAUUUUCGAGAAAUUUUUUUCAUUCCUGACCGAUAUUUUCUGCACUUGAAAUCACCAGAAUAGGGUCCUAAUGCCCUGAUUUUCCAUCCCAAGUCUAAAUAUAUCUAUUAGUAUUAGGAAAAUAAGUAGAACAAACUUUGUAAGAAGCUCAGUGCUCUGUUUUGUACUGAGAAAUAAAUUGAAAGGUCUGGCGGUGGUCCCUAGACUCUCCAGAAAUGUGCAUAAACGAGUGCUUUAUUCGUUAAAAUAUUGGUGGUAGGGUUUAGCUUGAUAUGAUGAACAGUAUUACCACUGCCAACCCAUCCUGACUCUCGUGCGUUUGCAUCACCACUAUCGGGAUAAAACAUUGCAGGUCAAGAUGCUGCCAACCCCACUUAUAAUACUUUGUUUCAUAUCUCGCAAUGCCAUAAUUCAUUGGUCAGCACUCAUCAUCUGCAGGCUACAUGUACAAAUGCAAAAAAACACAAACUGAAAUAUUGCAACUAGAGCAGUGUCAAGCAUUGAUAUCAGCACGACAUCAGUACUAUUUCUGGCAUAACACUUCAUGCACAAUGUAGUAAACUGGGGAACACAGCAUCCUGAUAAUCUGUGAGUGUUCGUAUUUCAACUAUUGUAUCACUUGCCACGUGUUCAAAUACAGAGACUUGGAUCAGAAUCGGAAGCUUGGGCAAUGGGGUAGGGAACUUUUGUUAAAUCGAUGUAGAUAGAGCAUUGAGGCAUGUACCUUUUUAAGCUCCAUAUGAACAGCGUCACAACAUCGCCAACUGCUGAUGACGUUGAGAUGUAAGUAUUUUCCCUCAUUGUAGGAAUGAUAAUGUGGAAUAGACUGCAUGAAAAGAUGAUUUUUAAAACAUUCCAGAAUGAGUUAUUUUGUAUAUACUAAAUAUAUAAAUGUGUACUAAGUUUAUUCAUCAUUGACAUAUUGAGUGCGAUUUGUCUAUUUAGAAAGAGGCUAAAAUCUGUUUAUAUUUCGUAUAGAAUGCAGACUUUAUUAAUACAUGUCUUGAUGUGUUUUGUCUGUGUUGAAACCAGGGAUAGUAAAGGGUUUUGUGCUGGUACCCCAUACAUGUAAGAAGAGUUUGUUAAUGCUUAUAAAAAAGUUGCUUCAAGGCAAGGAUUAGAUUGCAUUGCUCUGCAGCCCUGGAGUCAAAGGUUCACUUUGUUCUCGAUUUUUCAAGGAUGUGGCAUUGUGGUUUGGUUGCGGUACUCCUGAUCAAGAGGUUGUGGGUUCGAUUCCUUUUCUGAGCCACAUACCUAGUUCUUUCCUGGAAUAGUUCAAAGGUUAAAAAGUGCACACAUCCCCGGUUACACUGGGAUAACUAAGCACUUUGAACAAGGACAUGUACAUGUACUAUGAUAUAUCGAGCUCUUAAUUUUUGACUGUCCAGCUAGUUGCCCUUUUCAAAUGAAAAAAACAACAUGUUUUCCAAACCUUCUUGUUACUCUGCAUAGGGCUAAGAUAUUGUAUUGAAGCCAAUCUAAUUUUGAAGUGAAUUUUAACUUCAAUACCAAUAGUGCCAUCAAAUCAUAAUCCAGCCCUUAUUAUGUAUAUUUUUAUAACAUGAAUAUUGCUCUCUAAAUUAACUACAUUUAAGCAUGUGCAAUGUAUACAACAAUAAAUAAACCUAUUCUUUUUCAAUGUUAGUGGCAAAACAGAUUACGAAUCUGAUUAAUUGAAUCUAAAAAGACUGGUGCCUGGAAACAAAAGAAGCAUUAAAAAGCGGUAGCUUAGAUUAGUUGUUAGCUAGAUCUGAUACUACAUGUAUAACUCCACUGUAGAACCUCUCUAUCAAAAAAACCUCUCUGGACUGAGAAAUGCUGUCUUGUAACAGGGGUUGAAUUGAAGUUACUAAUUUGGGACGAGACAUAUCCUGGUUUGACGUACUGUAAACUGUGAAUUUUCGUUGUGCUUGUUAUUUUCAAUUGGUGGUGGACAGAAUUCUGUGUUUGCGUCAGGAGUUUUAUAGUUAAUGUACUGGAGCUUUAGAGAUGACAUUUGAUUGUGUACUUGCAACAAUAAAAACACUUGUGAAAAUUUCACAGAAUUUACAGUACUGAAUUCCAUUUGUAUGUCUUUAUUGAACUCUUCUCUACUUCUGUUGACCUUAUGUGUGAGUACAUGUUGUCAUUCUUCAAGAUUCUAUGAAGAUCUUUUUAAUAAAUGUUUUUGUAAUAUUGAAA